AUGAGCGACGCAGCGACGGUAACGGGUCAGCGUGCAGACCGAGAAGCCAGGCAGCCGAAUUCAGAUGACGCGUGGCAGAAGCUUAUUCGCCAGCUGGAGGACUGUUUCGCGGAUGAGAAAGCCCCCCGGAACGUCCCUCUGCGGCCGCACUUCACGGCUGCUGCACGUCGAGGGGACCCCUUCCUCUCCCUCCCUGCUGCCGUCCUCACAGCCUUCACCAACAAGGUCGCCGCUGCCUGUUCGACCAUCUCCCCUGCAUGUGACAGCAACCCUGCAGCGGCAUUUGAGUCAGCCCAACUCCCCUCCCUUACUCCCCUGGCUCCCUCUCUCCCACCCUUUCCCCCUUUCCUGCCGCACCUUCUCUAUCUCAGACGGCGGGAGGCAGCUUCUGAGAAGGUUCUUCAGGAGCUGCUGGUAGCAAUGCCUGCUGUAAAGAAAGCCCCAGAGGGAGAGGGGGCGCGAGGGGUGGGAGCGAGGGAUGAAAGAAGUGCGGAUACGGCAGGUGAAAAGGGAAAGGAAGGUUUGGCUGAGGAUUCUGCAGGCAAGGAGGAGGUUAAAGAGGAGCCAGGGAAAUGGGCAGCUUUGAAACGCAAGGAUGGGGAGGAGGGACCUAAGACAGCAGGUUCGGCUGCAAUUGGAAUGGAAGAAGGAACGAGAAGAAUGGGAGGGAAGGAACAAGCGGAACGAGAGGGUUCGAAGGAGCAUGAGGGUGGGGAAAGGCGUGUAUCCAUAGUAAUCAUUCCAUCCCCCUCAUCCGCCUUCUUGGAUGCAUGCGAGGACCGACAGAACCAACAUCAGCAGCAGCGAUGCAACCACGAGUUGCCGCGGACGCUGAGUGUGACUGUAAGGAGGGACGAGUACUUUCUGGAUCGAAUAGCAGAGGUGCUUGUAACGAGCUGGUCUGCGGGUGAGAGCAGCAGUGGUAGGGAGGAGAAGGACGGCAGCAGCGGUGGUAGUGGCAGCAGAGAGGGCGAGCGGAGGGAGACGAGCAGGGAUAAGGGACAGGUGGUUGCUGGUGCAGAUGCCGGAUCACUUGUCAUCUCCAAGCUACUUUACAAGCAUCAUCCCCACAUGCGUCUUUUCUCCCUCCUCCCAGCCUCCGUCUCGCUCCCUCACAACAUCGCACCGCCACCAACACAACCAUUAGAAUCAGCAACCUCAGGAGAAGAGGCUUCAGCAAAAGAGGCUUCAGCAAGAGAAGCUUCAGCACUAGCACCAAAUGCCACUACCACGGCUGACUGCCAGCUGGCGGUGAACAGCAUGGCGAGCUGGCUUGCGGGGUGUGAGGUGAGGGGCCCUGCAGUGGUGGCGGUGGUGGAGGCAUCAUGGAGUGACAGCCGGAGAGGGGAGAUGGAGGAGGAGGGAGUGUUGGCAUGGGACGUGUACAGCUCAGCCCGGACGUGCCCCUCCUUGUCUCCUGUCCUCUCUGCCUCACUCUCUCACACACACACCGCCCAUGUGCCUCUCUUCCUUUUAACACCCCCCCUCUCCUUCCCCUCCAGGCGCCUGCUCGCCCGGCAACCCAGGGGCAUGUAUCAGCUCAGCCUAGAAGCCCCUGUCCUCGCCUCCUUACCUCUCUCCUUCUCCUCCAAGCCCCUCUGGCGCGGCAAGCACCCCAAGCCUAUGCUUCUGGAACUCUGCACCAUGCAGCGCGCCAUCGACUCCUCGCCGAUGUGCAUGGGCAUGUGCGGCUUCAAGACUGAGCAUCAGCAGCAGCAGGAGCAGGAGCAGCAGCAAGGGAAGGAUGGGCGGCAGGAUCAGGAGCAGAAGGAAGAGGACCGGGAGAAGGCACAUGAGGAUCAGGAGGGGCAACGUGGGCAGUGCUGCUGCGAGCACAAGCCGAUGCAGCUGGCGGUUGGGGAUCCUGUGUUUGAAUUCCUAUCCCCUUCAGGCUCCGUCAUACCUACAACCACAGCCACAACCACAGGCACAGGCAUAGGCACAGGCCAAGGCUCUGGUGGUGCGAGUGGUGGCACCAGCGGCAGCAAUACCACUAACGGCAACAGCACAGCUGUCAACAUUGGUGGGUUCAAAUGCCGGGUGACCAUCAACAGAGGCCCUUCCUCUCCUCCCUUGGUUGCUCUCUCCCCCCGCCGCUAUGCUGCACGCAUAGAUGCAGUGCAUGCUGCGUGCUUGGAGGCUUUGAGGGCGAUUCAGAGGGAGUAUGAGGAGGGUUGGGGGAGAGUUGUGGAUCCCUGGGGGGCAUGGGGGGGAGAGCGGGAAGGGGAGCAAGGCGAGAAAGGGGAGGUUAGGGAACGAAUGGAAAUCUGUACAGGAGAUGGAAAUGGAGCGGAUGGAGAGGAGAGGGAGGAGAAGGAAAGGGAGGAAGAGAAUAGGGAGGAGGAAGAGGAGGGAGAUGGCACAAUGGCAAGGAAGCGAUUGAAGGAAGUUGAUGAUUCUUCCACAACACGACCAGCCACCAGUGCAGCAGCAGCAGUGCUAGGGUCUUCUUCUCCAGGGCCCUCAUCCCCCUCCCCCACACCUGCUGCUCUGGGCUGCCUUGUGUCCAUCGCGUAUACGGUAUCUCUGCAAAAGGACGAGCGUCAGCGUGUUGAGACGCAACAAGAGGGCGGAAAAUUGACUCGCGACCCGUCAGAGGAGGUCUGCUUGGAGAGCAGGGAGCGUUUCGAGUUUGAGUUUGGCCGGGGCUGUGUGGACGAGCGGAUAGAGACUGUGAUUGGCCGCUUGCUGCCCGGUCAAACUGCUGACGUCAGCGUUCCGAUCCGCGGGCAUCUGCCGCCCUUCCCUGCUUUGGAGAAGAUUCGGCUGGCAGCAGGCCGCUUGGUUCUCCACUGGCGAGUCACGCUGCUAUCAGUGGCAGCAGCGGAGGAGGAGGAUCGCAUCAAUGCAGCCAUCUUCUCCCCCUCCCUCUCCAAUCAGCGCCUUGCCUUCGCUGCCGCUCUAAUCUCAAAGCAUGCCCCAGCGUUCCUGCUGGACGUUGGGUGCGGGUCCGCCUCUCUCUUCGACUACCUGCUGUCUGCUUCAGCCGCAACAAGCAAGGGCGGAAGCAAGGGCGGCACUGCUGGCUGUGACAACGGUAGUGGAAGCAACGUUGAUUCACUCUGUUUGCCGGCGAGCAUGGUGGGGUUUGACAUCAGUCAGAAGGAGCUGGAACGGGCUGGACGGAGCCUAACUCGCACCAUCACCAGCUUGCAAGCAGCCACACAGCCUCCAGCAGAAGCAACCGGCAGCAGCACUCCUCAAGCUGAAGGAGCAGCUUUGGCACGGUUGGGGCUCUAUGCCGGUUCCCUUGCUGACGUGGACGAUCGCAUGAAGUGUGCUGACGUGGCAACCUGCUUAGAGGUGGUGGAGCAUCUGGACGAGGAGCCACUGGCAGCCUUUGGAGCCGUGGUGCUGGGGGCUCUCAGGCCCCGCGUUCUGCUUGUCUCCACGCCUAACAUCGACAAGAGCCACCGCCACAGCAGCCACAAGAAGCAGCAGGGCAGGUAG